UCUCUUCUCUCUCUAGAGUCUCUCUCUCUCCAUCUAGAGUAAAAGAGUGGAAAACCACCUCGGCAACUGAACCAUAUUAGAACAAGCCGAAGCAGAAGAAGAAGAGGAGGAAGAGGAAUUAGGAAAUGGAUAGAAAUGUUGCUUUUGAAUCCCUUCAAAUGCAGCUCCUUUAUCCAGAAAACUAGGGUUUUAACUCUAUGAGGACGGAAGUGUUGACAGAUUCCUUCCGCUCAUAACAAAGAUCUUCUUCUACUGAGGGCCAGAGGACUUGUGGUUAAUAAUGAUUUUGGAGUGCAGCAGAGUCCUCAAUGGGUCAAAAAGGGAAAAGUUUUUGUUCAUCAAUUCACGAAAUAAAAGUGAAACAAGGUUUGGUGGGUCAGGGAGCUACUAGGGAUUAAGCUUUCACUUCCCUCCUUUACUCUGUUUCCAGAACUGGUGGUAAAAUAUGCAGACACCGAAACCAAGAAGUUCAUCUUUAGAGGUGCCUCAAAGGACAUCUCCAGGGACGCCACGAGUUGCUCGUCAGAUCAAGAGCACUGGAUCGGAAUCUGACUCAACUUCUACAAAUCCUGCAACCAGGACACCGAAGGAUAGAAGUCCGAAAGUUAUCGAACGCAGGUCACCUAGAAGCCCAAUAUCUGGAGAGAAGAAGCGACCCAGCAGAAUCUCUGAGUUGGAGUCUCAACUUGCUCAACUUCAGGAGGAUCUAAAGAAAACUAAGGACCAGUUAACAGCAUCCGAGUCAUGGAAAGAACGUGCACAGCAAGAAGCCGAAGAGGCCAAGAAGCAGCUCUUAGCCAUGUCCACAAAGCUCGAAGAGUCCCAGCAGCAGCUAGUGGAGCUGUCUACUUCUGAGGAAGCACGGGUCCAAGAGCUUUGUAAGGUCUCUCAAGACCGGGAUAGGGCAUGGCAGUCUGAACUCGAGGCUGUCCAACAGCAGCAAUCAAUGGACUCAGCUGCAGUGCUCUCUGCCAUGAAUGAAAUCCAUAGGCUGAAGAUCCAGCUGGAAAUGGUUGCUGAGUCCGAGACUGUCCAGACCAAACAAGCUGAAACUGCACAAUCUGAGCUUCAGAGAUUAAAAAUAGACCUGGCAGAAACACUUUCUGUUGUCGAGAACAUGAAAGUUCAGCUCAAAGAUUCCAAAGAAUCCGAAGCUCAGGCUCAGGCACUAGUUAGUGAAACUCUACUGCAAUUGGAAACUGCGAAGACAACUGUGGAGAUGCUCCGGUCAGACACCCUUAAAGCCAAGGAGGCAUACAACAACCUUGUUUUGGAGUUGGAGCAAUCUAGAGCUCAAAUGAAUUCACUUGAAGGACUAGUGUGCAAACUUCAGGCAGAUCGGGUUAAAGCUAGCAGCAACCACACUGGAGAUAUAUCAAGUGAUGUUAAAUCUGCAGAGGAACCUCUGGACCUUGCUGACUCAAAUCAGCGUAGGUUAGAGCUCAGUUCUGCAAAUGUGGAGGUGGGACAAUUAAAGGCUGCACUAGAGACAGCUGAGACUAGGUAUCAGGAAGGACAAAUUCGGUGGACAAUGCAGAUUCAAAGUGCCUAUGAACUAGUGGAGCAAAUGAAGUCUCAGUCAUGUCAUAGAGAAGCUGAACUGGAGGCAGAACUAAGGAAAACCAUGGGUGACAUUGAAGAAUUGAAGGCAAAUCUGAUGGACAAGGAAACUGAGUUGCAAAGUAUAUUAGAGGAAAAUGAGGGACUGAAUAUGAGGAUCAAACAGACCCAGCCAAGUCAGAGGGAGGAUGAACUGGAAGUGCAGUUGCAGAAGUUGAAAGCAGAUGUUUCUGAUUUAAAAGCAAAUUUGAUGGACAAGGAAACCGAAUUGCAGAGUAUCUUGGAAGAGAAUGAGUCACUGAAGUUAGAAAUCAACAAAAGGGAAAUGGAGUGGAGCAAAGUGAAUGACGAAGCCAUUGCUGAGGCAGAGGCUGCAAGGGCUUCUGAGCGGGAGGCUCUAAUGAAACUUGGCUACAUAACAGAGGAAGCAGAUAAGAGUAGCAGAAGGGCUGCACGUGUGACUGAACAACUGGAGGCAUCACAGGCUGCAAACGCAGAGAUGGAGGCGGAGCUGAGGAGGUUGAAGGUGCAAUCAGACCAGUGGAGGAAGGCAGCUGAGGCUGCAGCUGCUGUUCUUUCGACAGGAAAUAACGGGAAAUUUAUGGAGAGGUCAGGGUCAUUGGAUAACUAUGUUAGCGGGGAAAUGGGUUCACCCUAUGCAGAAGAUACUGAUGACAACUCACCGAAGAGGAAGAACAACAUGCUGAAGAAGAUUGGAGUGUUAUGGAAGAAAGGCCAGAAAUAGGUGGAACAUGUAUUGGGUUGAUCAGGGGCUAAAUCCUGUUUGUUGGGGAAGGAAUGGAAGAAUUGCAAGGGAACAGGGGAUUGAUUAUCUUUGACUCUUUGUAUAGGUGAUGACAAAAUGGGGGGGGGGGGGGAGGACUUCUAUUUCUCUUUUCCUGCUUACUGCCUUAUGCGCAGUUGGACAGAUGAGGUAAAUACGGGCUUUCUUUCUGUGUUUAUCUUUCCUGGUAUCAUCAUAAUAGUAUGGUUUGAAACAAUUUGUUUACUGAA